UGUGCGUCAUGUCAUUAAACCGCGAGUAGAUCACCAUCCUCAUGCAUGCAUUAAUAAUCCAUGCAGCUCCACUGUCAUCUUCUAAAUUGCAAGUCAAAUUUGUUGGUUGAAUCCCAUCAGAGAUGUAAUAUGAAGCUCCAUGGCAUCAACUACUAGAAGCGGACAGUAACAAAAGCGAAAGAGGAGAGGGGAGAGAGUGGAGAGGUCUCAGGUCUGACCAUGGCGAUGCCACUUGGAUCUGUCUCCGGGAAAAAGUAAUAAAGGCCUUUAGCGCUUUACCUUGGUUUUCUGGCAACGAGCUAGCCCGCAGCUAAGCUAUGGAAGCACGCGACGUCGGCGUUGCAGUCGGUGCAACAAGAAGACGAAGAAGUUGUGAAUGAGAGAUGAUAAGAGAAAGAGGGUUAAAAAGAGGGCUCUUUGAUGCUCUGUCGCUUUCUUCUGGUGGUUUCAGGGCGGCUUUAACAGCGGAAGUGGAGAAAAGAAGCUGCUUGCGUCCAUUUGCUUACCGCCGCCGCCAUGGAUGGCUUCGAGGCGACGAGGGUAGUGAUGUCGAGGAUCCAAGCCCUGGAUUCGGAGAACGCCCACAGAAUCAUGCGGCUGCUCUUGAUGCAGGAGCACGGCCAGCAGGGGAUGAUUCACCUCGCCUUCGCCCCUGACGCGCUGUUCCAGUCGGUGGUGGUGAGAGCAGGCGUGGAGCUCGGCGUCGCCACUGGAACAACUUCCGCCGCAGCUUCGCCGGUGCUCCUCCGCCAGAACUCCUGGGCUCCACCGCCCUCCGUCUUAUCCCGCUCCAACAGCGGCACCGCCCGCGAUGGGUUGAGCGAUGAGCAAUGGAGCUCCGACGAGCUCGUUAGCCCUAAUAAUCUCGGUCUCUCACCCUUCUAUGGCGGCGUCGGAUCCGAUCUAAUGGAUGAAGUAUUCCUCGGUGAUUACGGCGCGGCCGCCCGCAAAUCGGACCCUAAUGGCGGCGAACCGUUCCACCUCGACAUCGAGCACCGGGGCCCGAGCGGGAACGGCAUGAAGUGGGGGACCAACGGCCACCACCACGACCGGAGCAUCUCCGGCGACGGGUUCGCCUGGAAGCCGUGCGUCUACUUCGCUAGAGGCUAUUGCAAGAACGGCAACGCCUGUCGGUUCCUUCACGGGCUCCCGGAGGACGGAGCCAGCGCCUUGAAGCUCAUGGCAUCGGCGUUCCCCUUCUCGCCAACUGGUUCGGUGCCGCCAUCGCCUUCGUCGUUCUCGAGCCAAAGAGCAACAACUGCUGAGGCCGUCGCGGCGAUGAUGCUGGCGGGGGAGGAAUCUCAUAACUUCAUGGGUAGAACAAGAACUGAAAGAGGCAAUUUGAUGACGACUAAUCCUGGCUCGAGACAGAUUUACUUGACGUUCCCAGCCGACAGCACAUUCACUGAACAGGAUGUCUCCAAUUACUUCAGCAAUUACGGGCCGGUGCAAGACGUGAGGAUCCCUUUCCAGCAGAAGAGAAUGUUUGGUUUCGUGACCUUCGUCUACUCGGAGACCGUAAAGCUGAUCUUGGCCAUGGGGAAUCCUCAUAACGUCUGCGAUUCUCGGGUUCUCGUCAAGCCUUACAAGGAGAAGAUCAAGAACCCUGAUAAAUUCAGAAAGCAGCAGCAGCAGCAAGCUCAAACCUUUGAUCACCUUCAACAACUUGCAGUACCGAUGUUGUCCGAUAGUGGCAGUUACAACCACGAGCUGCUUCUGAGAAGAAAGCUACAAGAGCAGCAACAAGCAGUGGAGCUACAGCGAUCCAUCGAGCUGCAAUGGAGACGAUUUUCGGGUCUCCAGCUUGACUUAAGCGACAGAAGCUUGUCCUCAGCUUCAGCUUCCAUCAACUCUCCCUUUGUGGCUGUUACUAGACCGAUCAGUAGUGUGGAUAGCAGUAGCAGUGGGACUAACUCACCAAGAGAAGAUAAGAGCCCUCGUGUCGCAGAACCAGAAGAGAAGACAAACAAUUUCGAUAAAGAUGAUGGUUUGCUAGAAAGCAUUGACCAUGGCUUGCCUGAUAGCCCAUUCGCCUCACCGAUCGUUCAUGCUGGAUUCACUCUCUAACGACGAAGAUGGUUCACCCCCCGUUGACAUUGUGAAUACUAGCCAUCUCAUUCCCUCUGCAUUACUGCUUAUUACUUCUUCGCUCGAUAAGCCCUCGUUUAGGUGAAACCACUAGUAACCUGAGCUUUGCAUGGUUCAAAUCGACAUAGAUUCUUGCUCUGGUCAAGCAGCUACUGGAAUGUGAAGCUCAAAAUAGACGCUGAAGUCUCCGUUAGCUUGUUGUGAUCCUUUUUUAUUAUUAUUAUUAUUAUUAUUACUCACCUGUGCUUGAUCAGAUUGUAUUGGCACAUAGUAAAGCAGAAAAGGAUAGUGGAACGUAACAAAAGUAAAGUUGGAAAAAGCUAUUUUCCAAUGAUUAUGUUUCUCCCUUUUUCUCUUUUCCUUUUGCCGUGUAAUUGAUGCCCUGAAACCUUAAAGGACAUGAUUGAUAAUA